UUGAAACAUGUAUAUCUGCAUAGGUUUGGAGAAUUUUCAUCCCUAGUUUAAAUUGCAGAUGGGUUCUAAACUCUGCAUUGCUUUUUGUCUUCCUCCUAAAUAAAAAUGCUGUCCGCAGUUUAUUCCAUGUUAACAAUUAUUCUACCCAAGCGGGUCUUUGGAUCCGAGAAAUCCCCUCCAACUUUUUCUGAUAAACGCCAACAUCCGCCCUGCAGAGCUUUCGUUUUUCCGCCUAACUUGAAAGCAGCAGAGCCGUGCUGCUCCUCACAGCGGGGCGGGGCGGUGCGGUGCGGUGCGGGCUUUUCUCUGUCUGCGAACCUGACGGAUGCGUGGUCUGAGCGGGGAUGGAGACGAUGAAUUGCCGCUGUGGAGAGUCAGAGAAAAGCCGCUGAGAAGUGAACGGCGUGUCGGUGGAUUUUAGCGGCGAUGAGUGAAGCAGAGACGAGAAGAAGAACAGGAGUGGGGCUGAUGAACAGAUGGAGUGAGCAGCCCAGAGACAAACUCGUCACAUCAGAUGUGCCUGGAAAAGACAGUGCCACACCACCAGGUGAGGAUGAUGGACGACAAGGGGCCCUCAAGAGGUUCAGUGCUAUGUGGCCCUCCUUUGGAAAAGGCAGAAAGGACAAAGCCAAAGACCUUGAGCCUACAGAGACGAGGCAGGACCCACCAGCCGCUGACAAUGUGUCCAUCCAGCCCCGCCGUAUCAGCGGGCAGUACUUCUUUGAGUAUCUAGUGGUGGUCAGCCUGAAGAAGAACAAAGAUGGCAGCAACUAUGAACCUCAAAUCACCUACCAGUUUCCUAAGAGAGAUGUAAUGGCCAAAUUUCAGAAGGAGGAGGAGGAGAAGACCCUAAAGGCAAUCUCUCUAUUCUGUUUCCCAGAAGGCAUCAACUGGGCUCCUUUAACAGAGUACCACAGUGAAACCUUCUCCUUUGUUUUGACUGAGAUUGAUGGCAGCAGAAGAAAUGGAUACUGCAGGAGGUUACUGCCAAAAGGAAAAGGAGCUCGUCCUCCAGAGGCUUACUGUAUUAUCAGUUCACUGGCUUGCUUCGGCCUCUUCUCUAAGAUAUUUGAUGAAGUGGAGAAGCGGCGGCAAAUCUCCAUGGCCUUGAUCUACCCAUUCAUGCAGAAGCUGAGAGAGGCUUCAUUCCCGGCUCCCGGACAGACAGUGGAGAUUAAGAGCUUCAUUCCUGAGUCAGGCACUGAGAUCAUCCACCUGACCCGACCGUUGGACUCUUGGCUGGAACACGUCAACUUUUGCACUCUAUUCGAUUGCCUGACAGACGAGGAGGUGUUACAGGUGUUUGCUGCUGCCGUUCUGGAGAGACGGAUCAUAUUCAUCGCAGAAGAACUAGGCACAUUAUCUCAGGUCCUUCAUGCAGUUGCAGCCCUCCUUUAUCCUUUUACCUGGCAGCACACCUUCAUCUCCAUCGUUCCAGAAAUCCUGAUCGAUGUGGUGAUGGCGCCCACACCCUACCUGUUGGGAGUCCAGAAGCGCCUACUGGACCUGGUCACCGACCAGAGUGAUUUACUGCUGGUUGACUUAUCGAAGCAUAAGGAGAAGACUUUCCGGGUGACUAUUGGUGAUGAAGAUUCGAUUCUUCCCCCAAAGCUUCAGGCUGAAAUACUGGUUGCUCUGAGUCAGAGGAAAAACGUUUCAGAUGUGGAGGAGGUAAAGAAGGUGGAGGAAGUGAACCGGGUGGUGUCUGAGGCCUUCCUCCAUUUCUUUGUCAGAACGGUUGGCCAUUACACCUCCUACGUCAAAUUCACAAAAGAAGGUCCUGGUGUGUUUGAGAAGAGACGCUUCUACAAGGCCAUCGAGUCCAAGACGAUCCGACACUUUGUCAAGAAGUUUAUGCAGACACAGAUGUUUGACCUGUUCAUUCAGGAGCUGGAACAGCAGCAGCCAUUGGGGCUGCAGCAAGGAAUAUUUCACAGAAAGAUUGCUGAAUAUCAAAAGAAGAAAAGUGUGAAAACUAAGAAACACUAGCUGACAUUGUGGGACUCCAGGUGUAAAUAUAUAUAUACACAUAUAUAUAGAGAGAGAGACAGAGAGAGAGAGACAAAUAUGUCAAGCCGUACAUUGGAAAAUAUGUGAAUAUUGCACUGUGUUUUUAAUUAUUUUUAAGUUUGGUUUUAAAUAAUUAUGUUCCAAUGUGUGAAUUACUGUAUGACUGUGUUGCUGCUACUCACAGUGUCAAACACUGGUGAAUGGGAGACUUCUGACCCUGAGGUGGUUCUCAGCCUGUGGCCUCCAUCAUGGUCCUUAUGAACCGGAAAAUCAUUUCCAUUAAAGUUUAGUUUGUUAAGUCCAUGGACCUUCUGUUGGGAUUUCAAGACUUGAGGAGUUCAGUUUAGUGAAGCAUCUAAUGUGUACUUCCUUGUAACUGAGCAGAAUAUCAAAUUGUAUGUAAAAACUGACUUAUUGUCACAAUCCUGAGGUGAAUGGCUUUUAAAUUUUUUUGCGUUUGUAUUCUGAUCAUUUCCUUGUUUCCUUUUGUUCGUAUUCAGUUCAUUUUUACUUGUUCGUGAUUGUUAUGAGUUGUCUCCAUAUUACUCCAUUCUUUGUAUUUAGCUUCCUAGUUUGUUCUUGUGUUCUUUAUACUUGGAGUUAUUUUCUGUUAGAUCUGUUAGAUAUUUCUCCUGGGUUUCUUGCGUCUCUGUUCAGUCUUAUCAGUGUUAAAUAGUCUAUCUUCCUCAGCCUCCCUGCUUUCCUUCUACCACAGCUUCUCAUCAUUUCAUCUGAUUAGCUCUUCUGGUUUGCUUGUGAUUCUGAUUGUCCAGUGGAACCUUCUGUUACUUUCCCUGUUUUUCAUGACUUUUCUGAUUGUGCUUCAGAUACCGUUCCCUUCGUGCUAUCCUGUAAGUUUCUGUCUUUUUGUCAUUAAAUUCUGGUUUCACCAUGCUGUC